AUGUCACCUAUUAAUAAUCCGCUUUUUCCUCGCAUUACUCCUGAAUCUCCUCGAAAUCUUUCACUGAAUGUUAAGUCUAAUUCAGUACCUUCAGAAGACCAAAAGGAUUGUACUUUUUGUAAAAUUGUAUCCGGUCAAUUGCCUUGUAUAAAAGUUUUUGAAAAUGAUGAAAUAUUAGCUUUUCUGGAUGUUGCUCCGAUUUCUAGAGGUCACACUCUGGUAAUUCCCAAAACUCAUAUUUCACGUUUAACUUUAGCUUCACCUUCAAUAAUGUCUUCCUUGGGUUCUGUAUUACCUCAAAUUUCAAAUGCAGUAAUUCAAGGUGUUGGUACUAAAGAUUUUAAUAUACUUCAAAACAAUGGACAAAUUGCGGGACAAGUAGUUUUUCAUUUACAUUUUCAUAUUAUACCACGAUUUAAAGAGGUUGAAAGUAGAAGCGGCGGAAGAUUAAGAUUAAGUAAAGAUGAAAGUGAAAAAAUUGGUAAAGAUAUAAGGGCAAAACUAUAA